AUGGGUGAUCCUGGAUUCAUCCCUGGAAUGCUUGGUUUCGCCAUUCAUUUGGCUGCAAGUCAGGUUAUUAACGUUGCCAUCAGAUGCUGGAAAGAGUUGGAUGCCCUCAAAGUCCUGCUUCUCAAAAUUCAAUCAAUGAACAUGGAAACGCAACGAUAUAGAAAAGCUUUAAACUCUGGCAGAUUAAGUACAUCUCCUCACUACACUUUGCCCUCCACGGUCAACAGCUGGUUGAUCGAAUUGAAUGCUCUUCUGGAGGAAGCAUCUGAUUUGGCCCAGCAUUGCACUCUUCCACGCCUUUCGUUGCGUUUUUUGCACCAACUGCACCAGCAUGUGGCUAAUCAGCAAGUGCUUGAGCAGAUUAGAGAGAAGGUGGAUUGUCUUAAUCUGCGUACUUCAGCACUUGCCGGCGCAUCAGAUGAUCUCUUUCCAUCCCCUUCUUCAGCUGCUCCUAACAAGAAGUAUAUUGAGGAGGCACUUGUUGUUGGACAAGAUUCUACAUUAAACAGACUUGUGGAGCUGAUUGACUCACAGCAACACAAAAGUGUGUCUCAUUUCGGUCUAGUUGGGAAGGGCGGGGCCGCUUUUAAAGUAAGGGAAAGAUUGGACAGUAGAGAGGAAGAACAUGUCAAAACUUGGUUGAAUGAAUGUAUGAAGAAACACAAGUUUGCCUUGGUUCUAGAUGAUGUUUGGGAAACAACUGCAACCUCGUUGCUAGAGGAGCUGUGUGCGCCUCACUCUCCACACCGCAAUUCCAACAUCAUCAUUGCCUCUUCCAGAACUAUUAGUGUGCUCUUGCAGUUGGGUGCUCCAACUUUAGCAGUCAUCCAAAUGCAAGACUGGAGUGAGGAUCACAGCUGGAGAUUAUUUUUGUCCCAUGCUUUUUUACACAGCGAGGGAGUUUUGCCUAUGAGCAUCGACCAAGAAAUAGCUUGGUGUGUAUACAACGAGUGCGGGGAUCUUCCCUUGGCCCUUAAAGUAGUCGGGCAGGCUAUGGCGGACAUCACUCAGUCAAAUAAAUGGGAAUUGGCAGUCAACAGAUUGCAGAGUGAUGCAACAAACUCGCUCUACGGCAAUUUGAGACUAAGCUACGAUACUUUGGCUGACGUGGCUGGCUGUUGCAUUUCUUUGUUGCUAUGCUUUCUCUGCCUCGCUGCUUACCCAGAAAACAAUAUCAUAUCUCCUACAUAUGCCAUUGCCUACUGGACUGGAGAAGGAUUGGUAACCGGUCCUAAUCCUUUCCAAAUUGGAGAGAUGGUACAUAAUGUUUUGCGCGAUUUAGCACAUCAAAUUGCUGCAAAUGAAGAAAAAUGCUUCUUUCAGGCAGGCAGAGGUUUACGACAGUUUCCAGCGGACGUUUCUUCAGGAUACGUCAGGAUUUCAUUAAUAGACAACAGUUUAAUUAGUGUUCCAAAGAAAUUUAGAGCUUCGUAUAUCCGUUCCUUUUUACUGGCUAGCAAUACUUUUUUGGCAGAAAUUUCAGAAGAGGUGAUUGGAAGUAUGACCUCUCUUAGAGUCCUGGAUUUGUCACCUACUGCCCUUCAGUUGUUACAAAAAAACAUGGGAUAUUUGAAGCAUUUAGUUUGUCUCAGGUUAUGCUAUGUGCCAAUCAAGAGACUGCCCAACACUGUCGCUUCUCUAAAAGGACUUCAAAUAUUAGAUCUUGAAGGAUAUGAUAUUUCACAACUGCCAGUCAGCAUUUCUAAGUUGACUUCCCUAAAAGCUUUAGACAUUGGUUUUUAUGAACAUCUGCAGUGCGUGCCUUAUGGAAGCGCACACCUCACGUUUUUGGAGUACCUUAACACAAGUAAUUCUCCAAAUAUAUGA